AUGAGUGCCAAAAACAAGGUUGACAAAAAUAAAAGAGAAGGUAGGACGAGUUCGGAUCAAUAUGAUCACUACCUCACAUUAAUGGAAACAGAUGAAAUCUUUCGCACCGGAACAGUUAAUCCCAGCGUAGAAGAUGGUUACAUCGCUAAAAAAUGGGAAAAUUUAGUGCAAAAAUUGAAUUCCUGCGGAACCGGACCAAAAUUAGAUACCGAGGGCUGGAAAAGGAGAUUCACAAAUUGGAAAAAUUCUACGCGGGCUAAGUACCGAAGAAUUUUAGAAGACAAGAAUGGCACUGGGGGUGGAGAAGCGUCGGCAUCAGGUCUGACUCCACACGAGGAUCGUGGAAUAACCGUUUGGGGGAGAGUUGCCAUAACAGGAACCCCAAAGGUUCAACUUACUGGUGGUUUGCAGCUGGUUGCCGUUGAGACAGAGCAUCAGCAGGAGGAACAGCAGGCGGACUCUGGAGAAAUAUAUUUGGAAAAAGAAAUAGCGGCUGCAGAAAUUGUCUUAGAAAAUGAGACAGAAAUGGAAGAAAAUGAACCACUGCAAGUUUCAAAGGAAGGUAGAACUAGGCCUUCAACUGCAACCACCUCCAGUAAUGGCAGUAGGAAAUAUCACAGGCAACCGCCUUAUAUAAGACCCUUUGCAAGACCUCUUCCAAUCAGACCCAGUAGAGCAAAACCAACAAUGGUCGCUGUGGGCAUGAAUAUGUUGGAAACAUUUAAAAGUGAAAAACAAAAAAUAGCGGAGGUGGAGAAAGAAAAGCUGAAUUUGGAGAAAAUUCGAUUAAAAUUUGAAAUUGCAAAAUAUAAAUUUGAAAAUCCCAGUUUUGUUUUUGAUGAAAAUUUCUAG